AUGAUACUUAACGUGACACCAAAAAUUGGUGGCCGUUUUCGAUAUAGAGUAACAGCCCUUCAAAUAACCCAGCCCUCCAACUAUACCAUUGCCGCCGCCAUAAGAGCCGCCCCCGUGACCGCCGCUCCCGUAACUCCCACUCUUGUAUACAACCGUUUUUUGAGAGCUCUCUGCGGGACUGUCGCCCCCAUAAGAGCCGCCUCCGUGAGUGCGGCUGCCGUAAGUGACGGCCUCGUAAUCGCCCCCUUUAUCACUAUCGCCCCCAUAAGUAUUGCCCCCUUCAGUUUGGUCCUCGACCUCCCGAUAGUCUCCAAUUUAUAUACAAAAAGCAAUGAUUUAAAUAAACGAUUGGAUUGUUAUCUCGAAAAUGACUUUGAGUUCAGUAAAACAGAGUGCGAGAAAAGGGGCUGUAAUUGGGAUAACGAUCCGGAGCUCAUCGAUAGUCCGCAAUGUUAUAUAAAUACCGAUAAAAUAGGCUAUAAUUUGUUUGGAAAGAAAGUUGAGAGCGAAAAGGGUUUUGAGAUCGAUCUCCAACUCAAAGAUACGGCUAAAUCUCUAUUGAAAUCUAUGCAACAAAUCGACAAAUUGCGGCUUAAAGUCGACUAUUUGACCGAAAAUAUAUUGAGAUUUAAAAUAUUUGAUCCCAAAGUAAAAAGAUAUGAAUUUCCCCUUCAAAACACAUUCCCGUUUGAUACUUCUAUCGGUGGCCUUAUAUUCAGUGACCAAUUAUUACACAUCUCCACAUAUUUGCCGACAAAACAUAUCUAUGGCUUCGGCGAGAAUACACACCAUUCACUCAAACAUAAUAUUAAUUACAAGACAUGGAAUCUAUUCUCAAGAGGAGAGGGACCCGACGAUGGUGUUAUUAAUCUCUAUGGCGUUCAUCCCUUCUAUACGGGUCUGGAGAGUGACGGCAAAUCCCACGGAAUUCUGUUUCUCAACAGUAAUGCUAUGGAGUACACACUAAUGCCAGAGCCGGCGCUUUCACUCAAAACAUUGGGCGGAGUCUUAGACUUCUUCGUGUUUGUCGGCGAGAAUCCCGAAGAAGUCAUUCAAUUAUACACUUCACUCAUUGGACGUCAAUUUCUACCCCCUUUCUGGUCACUCGGCUUUCAGAUAACGCGCUAUGGAUUCAAAAACACAGAACAAGUGAAGAAUACACUCGAGAGGAAUAUCGUGGCAAAAGUCCCAUUGGACGUAACGUAUCUGGACAUCGAUUAUAUGAAUAGAUUUCAAGACUUUACAUACGAUAAGGAAAACUUUAAAGGUUUACCACAACUGAUAUCAUGGCUGAAAAAUGAUCACAACAUUCACACCACUCUAAUGCUGUCGCCGGCCAUUCUGGGCAAUGACAGCACAUAUAAUGCUUUUUCGGACGGUUAUGAUAACGAUGUGUACAUAAAAUGGCCAAAAUAUGUCAAUACAUCGGAACAACACAAUCCGCCUGAUGUUAGAACUGACAAAUCAGUGCUUUAUGGUAAAGUCUGGCCCGACGGCCCUGUUGCUUUUCCCGACUUUUUUAAACCCGCAACUCAUAAAUGGUGGACAAAAUGGAUUCAAUACACGUAUAAAGACUUAGAUUUAAAAUUUGACUCCAUUUGGAUCGAUAUGAACGAACCGUACGAUUUUGCUUUUGACGGCACGUCCAGAGAUUACUGUCCGCGCAAUAAGUUGGAUAAUCCGCCCGCAAGAAUACAAUCAAUCUACGCGUACGAAAACUACACCAAACUAUCUGAUGGCACGAUAUGUAUGUGUAGUAUUCAGGGAGAGAACGGCGAAUACAGUCACUCCGAUGUCCACUCCCUCUACGGUCUCACCGAAAGUAUCGCAACACAAAAAACUGUUCGCGAAAUAACGGGAAAGAGAGGUUACGUACUCUCGCGGUCGACGUACGUUUCUUCGGGCAGAUAUACGGCCCACUGGUUGGGCGACAAUAUCGCCGAAUGGUCUCAAAUGCGGGACUCAAUUAUCGGUGUUUUGGAGUUUAACUUAUUUGGCAUUAGUUUUGUUGGGGCAGAUAUUUGUGGCUUCUUUCACGAGACAACACCCGAGUUGUGUCGCCGUUGGCUACAAAUGGGAGCUUUCUAUCCAUUUAGCCGUAAUCACAACGAAAUCCAUCCAUCAGAUCAGGACCCGGCUGUUUGGGUAGAGAAGGGUCACCCGGAAGUGACCAAAGCUGCUAUUAAUGCUCUGAAUCUACGGUACACUCUAUUGCCGUAUUUAUAUACGCUUUUCUAUAGAAGUCAUACAAUGGGACAAACAGUGGCCCGACCUCUGGUCCAUGAAUUCCCGACCGAUACUAACACUUAUGAAAUACAGGAGCAGUUUAUGUGGGGUCGCUCUGUACUGAUCUCUCCCUUUCUUUACGAGAAACAAACCGAAGUUUCAGCAUAUCUUCCAAAUGACAUUUGGUACGAAAUUUUGCCACAAAUAGUAAAAGUAAAACAAACGGGAAAAAUAACAAUUAAAGAAAAGAGUCCAACGGAUCCGCCGCCCGUCCAUCUCAGGGGCGGAUCUAUUAUACCGAUGAGUGUCUCUUCGGUUCACAUCAACACAAAUACUGUCAGACAAUCGGCCAUUAAUUUGGUUGUAUUGCCGGACGUCAAGUCCGAGGGUUUGGGUGACCUGUAUUGGGACGACGGAGAGUCUAUCGAUACGAUUGAAAACGGAAACUAUAAUUACUAUUCGUUUGAAUUGUUGUCCAACUCUUCACUCGUAUUGAAAGCCAAACACAAUAACUAUACGAAUGCACCAAAAGUAGAGGAAAUACGAGUUUACGGCACAAAAGGGACUGAAGUUUUGGCAACACUCGAUGGCCAACCCGUCAGUGCUCUCAUCGAUAGAGACGACGGCUCCACAAGAAUUCGCAUUCAACUCAAUCUAAACACCAAAAAGAGUGGCGACCAAUGGGUUGUCAAUUGGACCCACAAUUAA